GUUGCAUCACAACGCAUAAGCUCAGUGGAUCUUUCAUGCUGCAGCCUGGAGCACCUGCCUGCCAACCUGUUUUAUAGCCAAGACCUCACUCAUCUCAACUUAAAGCAGAAUUUCCUGAGGCUAAACCCUAGCCCAUCCACAAGUAGAGCGCUUAGUGAAUUGCAAAGAUUCACCAAAUUGAAGAGCCUUAACCUUUCCAAUAAUAAUUUAGGAGACUUCCCACUGGCAGUCUGCAGUAUCCCAACAUUGACUGAACUCAACGUGUCCUGCAAUGCCCUCAGAAGUGUUCCAGCAGCUGUCGGCGAGAUGCACAACUUGCAGACAUUUUUGCUGGAUGGCAACUUUCUUCAGUCCCUUCCUGAUGAAUUGGAGCAUAUGCAUCAGCUGAGCUACGUGAGUCUGUCCUUCAACGAGUUCACCGACAUUCCCGGGGUGCUGGAGAAGCUGACCGCCAUGGAUAAGCUCUGUAUGUCGGGAAACUGCAUGGAUACCCUGAACCUGCAGGUGUUAAAAAGGAUGCCUCAUAUUAAACACGUGGAUCUAAGAUUGAAUUCAAUUAGGAGACUGGAGGCCGAAGAAACAGAUUUUCUGCAUCAUGUGACCCAACUGGAUCUCAGAGACAACAAACUUGGGGAGCUGGAUGCGACAGUUUUUAACAAUGUCGAAGUGUUACACUGUGAACGGAAUCAACUGGUAACCCUCAAAAUCAGUGGAUAUUUUCUCAAAGCGCUGUACGCUUCCUCAAACGAACUUGUUCACCUUGAUGUGUAUCCAGUUCCUAAUUGCCUGGCUUAUAUGGAUAUUUCUAGAAAUCACUUGGAGAACCUGCCCGAGUGGGUAUGUGACAGCAGGAAACUGGAAGUGUUGGAUGUUGGCCACAAUCAGAUACGUGAGCUGCCUGCCCGGUUGUUUUACAACAGUAGCUUGCGUAAGCUGCUGGCAGGACAUAACAUGUUAGGAAGGCUACCCGAUCGGCUGGAGCGAAUGCAAGUGGAGGUCCUGGACGUUCAACACAACCAGCUCCUUGAACUGCCAUCUAACCUGCUUUUGAAAGCAGACAGCCUGAGAUUUCUUAAUGCCUCUGCCAACAAACUGGAAACGCUUCCUCCAGCCACUUUGUCGGAAGAAACCCAUAGCGUCUUGCAGGAAUUGUAUUUGACCAAUAACAACCUCACAGACAAAUGCGUUCCCUUGCUAACGGGCCAUCCGCGCCUAAAAAUCCUACACAUGGCUUACAAUCGCCUGCAGAGCUUCCCUGCGAGCAAAAUGGCCAAGCUGGAAGAAUUGGAGGAAAUUGAUAUUAGUGGGAACAAACUGAAAGCCAUUCCAACAACCAUCAUGAACUGCAGACGCAUGCACACUGUAAUCGCUCACUCCAACUGCAUCGAAGUCUUCCCAGAAGUCAUGCAGCUCUCUGAAAUAAAGUGCGUGGACCUAAGCUGCAACGAACUGAGUGAAGUCACAUUGCCUGAAAACCUGCCUCCAAAACUGCAAGAGCUGGACCUGACUGGAAAUCCCAGAUUAGCCUUGGAUCACAAAACCCUGGAGCUGCUGAA